CGCCGUCCUCCUCCUCACCGGCAUUUAUUCAUUCCCGCUCGCUCAUCGCCCUCCCGUGAUCUCCCUCCACCCCGAGCUCGUGGUGUGUGGGGGUGGUGGUGUUAUGGCCAGUGGCGCGAGGAAUGGGGGAGGGGGAGGGGUGGGGGCCAGGAUGAGCGGGAAGGCGGACAGGCAGAGCAUCAACGCGACGCCCAAGGCGGCGGGCGGGAAGCCGCGGCUGUCUGCGGCUGGCGGCGCGUACCGGCGGACCAGCUCCGGGCCGCUCCCCGCCGCGGGCGGUGGCGGCGACCGGCGCGCGUCGUCGGACUCUGGAGUUUCUAGUAGAGUUCGAGUUGCUGUAAGGCUUAGGCCUCGAAAUGCAGAUGAGUUGGCAGCAGAUGCUGACUUCGGUGAUUGUGUUGAGCUUCAGCCAGAGCUCAAAAGAUUAAAGCUUCGUAAAAACAACUGGGAGUCAGAAACCUAUGAAUUCGAUGAAGUGCUUACAGAGUUUGCUUCACAGAAGAGAGUGUAUGAGGUUGUUGCAAAACCAGUUGUGGAGAGUGUUUUGGAGGGAUACAAUGGCACCGUUAUGGCAUAUGGGCAGACUGGUACAGGGAAAACUUUUACACUCGGAAGACUUGGUGAAGAAGAUACUGCUGCACGGGGAAUCAUGGUUCGUGCAAUGGAGGAUAUUUUGGCAGAUAUAACACCUGAGACUGAUACAGUAUCAGUAUCUUACCUUCAGUUGUAUAUGGAAAUGAUACAAGACCUCCUUGAUCCUGUAAAUGACAAUAUAGCCAUUGUAGAAGAUCCAAGGACAGGGGAUGUUUCAUUGCCUGGGGCUACAGUAGUUGAGAUUCGAGAUCAGAAGAGUUUUGUAGACCUUUUGAGGGUUGGGGAGGCUCAUCGUGUUGCUGCAAAUACAAAGUUGAAUACUGAGUCUUCUCGUAGUCAUGCACUCCUCAUGGUAAAUGUUAGAAGGGCCGUGAAAGGAAGGCACGAAAUGGAUGUUAGCAUUUCAGGUGAAAAUGGGCAUUCAUCUUCCAUGGUUGGGUCAUUCCGACCGCCUAUUGUUAGGAAAAGCAAGCUUGUAGUUGUAGACCUGGCAGGAUCAGAGCGAAUAGACAAGUCUGGAAGUGAGGGUCAUACAUUAGAAGAGGCAAAGUCUAUCAACUUGUCCCUAAGCGCACUUGGAAAAUGCAUCAAUGCACUAGCUGAAAACAGCCCACACGUACCAGUUCGUGAUUCAAAGCUUACAAGAUUGCUUAAAGAUUCAUUUGGAGGCACUGCAAGAACAUCAUUGGUUGUGACAAUUGGCCCAUCUCCAAGACAUCGGGGUGAGACUACCAGUACAAUAAUGUUUGGACAAAGAGCAAUGAAAGUUGAGAACAUGGUGAAACUGAAGGAAGAAUUUGACUACAAAAGCUUGUGUAGAAGACUUGAUAUUGAAUUAGAUAAGUUAAUUGCAGAAAAUGAAAGACAAAAGAAAUAUUUUGAUGAUGAAAUUGAAAGAAUAACAGCAGAAGCUCAAUUGCGUGUUACAGAAGCUGAAAGAGAAUACAAAACUACUCUAGAGAAUGAGAAAGUGAAGUGCCAUCAAGAAUACCUGGAUUCUAUAAAGAUACUGGAAGAGAAGUGGAAAGUACACCAGCAAUCACCUAAGAAACAGAUUAAAGAGACUGAACCUACAUCCAACGAGGUUGGAGAAGUGCAGAAUUUACUGCAGAAUGAGAAGAUGUUACGCCAAUCUGCUGAAGAUGAGGCUAACGACCUUAAGAAUCAAGUAUUGCACUGGAAAAAGAUGGAGGCUUUAGCUACUGCUGAGGUUGUCAAACUCCGGAAAAUGCUGGAUACUGAAGCUAGCCAAAAAGAGAAACUUGAUGAAGAAAUAGCUGCUCUAAAAAGCCAGUUGUUGCAGUUAAGUCUUGAUGCUGAUGAGACAAGGAGGAGUCUUGACAGAGGAGAUGGAUCCGGGAAAAUAUUUCCUGGGUUUGAUUCUUUGAUGUCCCAUUCUAGGAAUUCACAGCCUAGAGAACAGAGUAAUGGACCUAAGCCACCCAUUGCUAAACUCUUUGAACAAGUUGGGUUACAGAAGAUACUGUCAUUGCUUGAAUCGGAAGAACCUGAUGUUCGUGUUCAUGCAGUGAAAGUUGUUGCGAAUCUGGCAGCUGAAGAGGCAAAUCAGGAAAAGAUUGUAGAAGCAGGUGGCCUUACCUCCCUCCUAAUGCUGCUUAGGAGCUCGGAGGAUGAGACCAUUCGCAGAGUAGCAGCAGGAGCAAUUGCUAAUCUUGCAAUGAAUGAAACAAACCAAGAUCUUAUCAUGGCUCAAGGUGGUGUAAGCCUGUUGUCUAUGACAGCAUCUGACGCGGAAGACCCACAAACCCUAAGAAUGGUUGCUGGAGCUAUCGCCAACCUUUGUGGCAAUGACAAACUGCAAACACGGUUGAGAGGAGAAGGUGGCAUCAAAGCAUUGCUGGGAAUGGUUAAAUGUGGUCACCCUGAUGUCCUUGCUCAAGUUGCACGUGGAAUUGCAAACUUUGCAAAAUGUGAAUCUAGAGCAGCUACGCAAGGAAAUAAGGUGGGAAAAUCGUUAUUAAUUGAUGAUGGUGCGCUUCCCUGGAUUGUAAAAAAUGCAAACAAUGAAGCUGCUCCAAUUAGGCGGCACAUUGAGCUUGCGCUAUGCCAUUUAGCACAACAUGAAGUAAAUUCAAAGGAUAUCAUUAGUGAAGGUGCUUUAUGGGAACUUGUACGAAUUUCAAGGGAUUGUUCUCGUGAGGAUAUAAGGAUGUUAGCGUACCGGACAUUGACUUCCAGCCCCACUCUUCAAUCAGAAAUGAGAAGAUUACGCAUAGAAUGUUGAUAACGAAAUAUGCUGUUGGUUCACUGCGUGGAGUUACACUCCCCUCACAAUCUAGGUGCCAUUGCACCAAGCCCUGGUAAUCAAGCAUAUAGGCCAUGUUUUAGUCGAUUUUUCCAAGCGUCUGGGAGCCUGAGUUUUCAUCGGAGCAGCUCCCCUGUUCUCCUCAAAAGAGUUUUUAAGUUUUGAUGUGGUGGUUGCUGAGGAGAAGUUGAAAGUCUGGGUUGCAACUGAUUUAUUCUGACCCGUUGCUGUACGGUUUCAUAUUUUACGUUGUUUGUAAAAUUGUUGUAAAAAUACCAGCAAGGCCAAAAAUGAGUUGCUGUUAUCACUUGGGAGACAGCAGAUAGGUAGACUUGGCCAUGAAUCAUACCUGUAUUCAUCAUUGUACAGUAGCUGAUCUUUACUGUAACUUAUUGCUGAAAAGGCGUGAUGUUA